AUGGCCUCUCUAGACCUGCCUUAUCGCUGCCCCCGUUGUGGGGAGCACAAGCGUUUCCGGAGUCUGUCCUCCCUCCGAGCUCACCUGGAGUACAGCCACACCUACGAGACCCUCUACAUCCUCUCUAAGACCAAUAGUAUCUGUGACGCAGCCGCCGCCGCGGCCGCUGCCGUCUUCCCUCUGGCACCCGAUCCCACCGCCAUGUUGGCCGUGCCUGGUGCGCGCCGGGAUGUCUUUGAGAGCACAUCCUUCCAAGGCAAAGAGCAGGGGGUGGGACCCCCGGCCCAGACCGCCCAUCACCUGCACCACCACCACCACCACCCCCCUCUCGCUCGAUUCCCAGGAGACCUGGUCCCUGCAGGAGUCUCCUGUGAGGACCUGGGCGAGCCCAGCCUCGUGCCCACCACAACCCGCUAUGCCCUGCGGGAGAUCGAGAUCCCACUGGGUGAACUGUUUGCCCGGAAAUCAGUGGCCUCUUCAGCAUCAUCCACGCCACCCCCUGGCUCUGGCCCGGGCCCUGGCCCCAGCCAAGCCUCGGCCUCCCCAGCCUCUCCAUCCCCAGCUGACAUGGCCUAUGAAGAAGGCCUGGCCCGGCUAAAGAUCCGGGCCCUAGAGAAACUGGAAGUGGACAAGCGACUAGAACGUCUGAGUGAGGAGGUGGAGCAGAAGAUCGCAGGGCAGGUGGGCCGGCUGCAGGCGGAGCUAGAAAGGAAGGCGGCGGAGCUGGAGAAGGCCCGGCAGGAGAGCGCCCGGCUUGGCCGGGAAAAGGAGGAGCUGGAGGAGCGAGCCACGGAGCUCUCCCGCCAGGUGGACGUCAGCGUGGAGCUGCUGGCCUCGCUGAAGCAGGACCUGGUGCGCAAGGAGCAGGAGCUGACCAGGAAGCAACAGGAGGUGGUUCAAAUCGACCAGUUCCUAAAGGAGACGGCCGCCCGGGAGGCCAACGCCAAGGUGCGCCUGCAGCAGUUCAUCGAGGAGCUCCUGGACCGUGCCGACCGUGCCGAGAAGCAGCUCCAGAUUAUCAGCAGCAGCUGCGGCACCACCCCCAGUGCUAGUCUGGGCCGGAGCAGCGUGCCCGGUACCAAGGGCACCAGCAGAAUGCGGGACCGGCACUCAGGUCCCAUCAUGCACAACACAUACGCCGUGUCUAAUCACCGCUCCUCCUCCAGCACAGGGGCCUCCAGCCGUGCGAAGGCCGUGUCCCAGAGCUCCGGCUGCUACGACAGUGACACGGCGGACCCCUACCCCUCAGAAGAGGCGGCCGUUGGGGACAGCGGGGCUGGAGGACCAGGGGCCCGGGCUGAGGGCGGAGGGGGCUUGGAGAGGCCGCAGGUGCCUCGGAGCUCGGGCCUGCGGCGUCAGGCCAUCCAGAACUGGCAGCGGAGGCCUCGCCGGCAUAGCACGGAGGGCGAAGAGGGCGACGUCUCCGACGUGGGGUCCCGCACCACCGAGUCUGAGGCCGAAGGGCCCUCCGAAGCCUCAGCCUCCGGACCCACGCCACCGCGAGCCCUCAGCAGCUGCCGUCUGUCCGCCCGCUCAGAGGGGGGCAGCGGGCGGGGCCGGCAGGCUGAUGGUGGCAGCCCCUCGCGCUCCAACGAAGUCAUCAGCCCAGAGAUUCUGAAGAUGCGGGCGGCCCUCUUCUGUAUCUUCACCUACUUGGACACCCGUACCCUUUUGCACGCUGCUGAGGUCUGCAAGGACUGGAGGUUUGUGGCUCGGCAUCCGGCUGUAUGGACCCGCGUGCUGCUGGAGAACGCCCGCGUCUGCUCCAAGUUCCUGGCGAUGCUGUCCCAGUGGUGUACCCAGACACAUUCACUGACUCUGCAGAACCUGAAACCCAGGCAGCGGGGAAAGAAAGAGGGCAAGGAGGAGUACCUGAGGAGCACGAGGGGAUGCCUAGAAGCAGGGCUGGAGUCCUUACUCAAGGCUGCCGGUGGGAACCUGCUGAUUCUGCGCAUCUCCCACUGCCCCAAUGUCCUCACGGACCGCUCCCUCUGGCUGGCCAGCUGCUACUGCCGGGCCCUGCAAGCUGUCACCUACAGGAGUGCAACAGAUCCUGUAGGCCAUGAAGUCAUUUGGGCCCUGGGGGCUGGCUGUAGGGAGAUCAUCUCUCUCCAGGUGGCCCCUCUUCACCCCUGCCAGCAGCCCACACGCUUCAGUAACCGGUGUCUGCAGAUGAUAGGACGAUGCUGGCCCCACCUGAGGGCCCUGGGUGUAGGAGGUGCAGGCUGCGGCGUGCAGGGCCUGGCAUCACUUGCCCGGAAUUGCAUGAGACUUCAGGUUCUAGAGCUGGACCACGUGGCAGAGAUCACCCAGGAGGUGGCGGCUGAGGUCUGCAGAGAGGGGCUGAAGGGCCUGGAGAUGCUGGUGCUCACAGCCACCCCGGUUACCCCAAAGGCCCUGCUGCAUUUCAACAGUGUUUGCCGGAACCUCAAGUCCAUUGUGGUACAGAUUGGGAUUGUGGAUUACUUCAAAGAACCUGGGAGCCCGGAAGCUCGGAAGCUAUUUGAAGAAAUGGUGACCAAGCUCCAGGCUCUAAGACGACGGCCUGGAUUCUCUAAGAUCUUACAUAUCAAGGUGGAAGGUGGCUGCUAACCCCGGGCAGGGGGGCCAGUGGGCACCCCUCACCCACCACCUCCACCCAGAGGCUCUGGAGUGAACCCAGGCCUCCAGCAGACAACAUCUUCGGACACCCCCACCCAAGGGAUGCAGGUUUGGACUUGACCUCGAGGGGCCAGUUAGAGGCCUUCUGCCCGAGCUCUGGGUCAGCCGCGUGGAAUGCCGUCUGCUGUGGAGUCGAUGGCUUGGGGGGGCCCUCCUCUUCCUCGCUGAGACCCUGCAGCGGGGUUCCCCCUUGCCUAAGCCUCCACCCUAGGCACUGCCUCCCCCAAUAAGGGCUCUUGGACUGAAGCUACCAUCUCCUCUUGGGCCCCAGGACAGCAUGCCCCGCUGACCCAAGUAACCCCACCAGAACAGGGGCUGAUUUGGGGCCCCUCAGAGGACAGGGAGCUCCAGUCACCAGCAGAGGCAGGCACUGACAUCCUAUACCCUGCACUGGCCCCGUCCUUCAGGGGGUCCUGCAAUAAACCCCGACUGCCUCCUUGGCCCC